CUCCCGGAGCCGGCUGAAGGCGGGCUGGAGGCGGGCUGCCCGCUGCGGUUUGCCGCCCUCCCGGCUGGCCCCAGGGGCCUGGGGCCGGUUCUGCCCCUUUAUCUGGGCCUUUUCGGAGGUGGAGUGAACUAUCGCAGGCCUCCGGGCGGCGCGCCUCGCCGGGCGCCCCCGCCAGUCCUGCCGGAAGAUGGUCAACGACCGGUGGAAGACCAUGGGCGGCGCUUCCCAACUUGAGGACCGGCCGCGUGACAAGCCGCAGCUCUCUCUUCCCGAGUCUGCACGGCAGACACCCACGUGUGGGGCAGGGCGUGUCAUUAUUGCCUCCACUUUACAGCGGCCAAGCUGCGGCUACGUGCUGUGCGCGGUGCUGCUCUCGCUGGCGGUGCUGCUGGCCGUGGCCGUCACGGGCGCCGUGCUCUUCCUGAACCACACCCACGUGCCAGGCACGGCGCCCCCGCCCGUCGUCAGCACCGGGCCCGCAGGUGCCAACAGCGCCCUGGUCACCGUGGAGAGGGCCGACAGCUCGCGCCUCAGCAUUCUCAUCGACCCGCGCUGCCCCGACCUCGCCGACGGCUUCGCCCGCCUGGAGGGCGCCCAGGCCUCCGUGCUGCAGGCCCUGGCGGAGCUUCAGGCCCGGCCGAGGCUGGCGGGCGGGCGGGAGCGGGAGCUUCUGGACACGCUGGCGGACCAGCUGCCCCGGCUGCUGGCCCGGGCGUCCGAGCUGCAGGCGGAGUGUGUGGGGCUGCGGAAGGGCCUCGGCGUGCUGGGCCAGGGGCUCGGCGCCCUGCAGAGCGAGCAGGGCCGCCUCAUCCAGCUUUUCUCCGAGAGUCAAGGCCACAUGGCUCACCUGCUGAACUCGGUCAGUGACGUACUAGACGCCCUGCAGAGGGACCGGGGGCUGGGCCGGCCCCGCGUCAAGGCUGACCUUCAGAGGGCACCUGCCAGGGGAUUGCGGCCCCGGGGCUGCGCCAGCGGCCCUCCGCCACGCGACUGCCUGGACGUGCUCCUGAGCGGACAGCAGGAGGAUGGCAUUUACUCAGUCUUCCCCACACACUACCCUGCCGGCUUCCAGGUCUACUGUGACAUGCGCACGGACGGCGGCGGCUGGACGGUGUUUCAGCGCCGGGAGGACGGCUCCGUGAACUUCUUCCGAGGCUGGGAAGCGUACCGGGACGGCUUCGGCAAGCUCACGGGGGAGCACUGGCUAGGGCUCAGGAGGAUCCACGCUCUGACCACGCAGGCCGCCUACGAGCUCCACGUGGACCUCGAGGACUUCGAGAACGGCACGGCCUACGCCCGCUACCGGAGCUUUGGCGUGGGCUUGUUCUCCGUGGACCCGGAGGAAGACGGCUACCCGCUCACCGUGGCCGACUACUCGGGCACUGCAGGGGACUCCCUCCUGAAGCACAGCGGCAUGAGGUUCACCACCAAGGACCGCGACAGUGACCACUCGGAGAACAACUGCGCGGCCUUCUACCGCGGCGCCUGGUGGUACCGCAACUGCCACACGUCCAACCUGAACGGGCAGUACCUGCGGGGCGCGCACGCCUCCUACGCCGACGGCAUCGAGUGGUCCUCCUGGACCGGCUGGCAGUACUCGCUCAAGUUCUCCGAGAUGAAGAUCCGGCCGGUCCGCGAGGACCGCUAGCUGGGCGCUCCCCACCCCGGCCCCCCGCCCCCCCCCAU